CACGCACAAAAACUUUCGCUUUCGCACACUACGAAUCACUUUUUUGUAAAACUUCAUGUCAUUUUAAAGCUAAAUGAUUUGUAUACAUUGUUCCGAAACCCGUUUCCCUUAAGCUAUGGAUAUGGACAGGACAGUAUGGUGUCUUUUUAGUCUUGCCCAAAGCGUCUGUUAAAGUUAUAAUAUUAUAAUUAUUGUUUUUCUCCUUUACCGUAAAGGCUUUACCCUGGGAUAACGUUAAACGUGGUGUUAUGAAAAGCAAAAUUCUCGUGGUCCUUCUGAGCUUUUGGUAACUUACCGCAACCACAAUGUCUAGCGUUUCCAAGAAGCGCGAGGCCGAGAACACGGCCGCGACUGCUACUGCGCCUAAGAAGAUCAAGAUGAUGGAAUCGCAGGGAUCAGGAAUUAUUAAUGGCCAUGCUCCCACUGGCAGUGAAAUCGCGACAGUCGGCGAUAGCAAACCAGUGACGAAAGUGGAAGUUGAACUUAAGGAACAAGAUAUGGCCAGCCUGUCUCGCACGUGUACCGGGGUCCUGGCCAGCCCGUCGCAGUCGCGCGAUCUGAAAAUCCACAAUUUCUCCGUGAAUUGCCACGGGUUUGAGUUGUUGGGCGACACGCAUCUGGAGUUGAACGCCGGCAAUCGGUAUGGUCUGAUCGGACUGAGCGGCUGCGGGAAGAGUACGCUGCUGGCGGUUAUCGCUCACCGCGAGAUACCCAUCCCCGCGGGACUGGAUAUCUUCCAUCUGCACCGCGAGAUGGCCCCCGUGGAUAAGACUGCGCUACAGUGUGUGAUGGAGAUCAAUGAGGAAAGGAUGCGACUGGAGAAAGAGGCAGAGGAGCUCGCGCACGCUUAUCCUGAAGCCUCGCACGAUAAAUUGAUGGAUUUUUAUGAGCGCCUGGACGAAAUUGGAGAAAAAGGUGCAGAAACUCGUGCAGCGGAUAUCUUGCAUGGUUUAGGCUUCACCAAACAGAUGCAGCAGACCAAAGUCAAGGAAUUUUCUGUCGGCUGGCGUACGCGCCUUACCCUGGCCCGCGCCCUGUAUCUUAAACCUGCUAUUCUACUUUUAGAUGAACCGACAAACCAUCUGGAUCUGAAUGCCUGCGCAUGGUUAGAAGAGGAGCUGAAAUCGUAUAAGAAAAUUCUUGUUGUGAUUUCUCAUUCGCAAAACUUCCUAAACAGCGUAUGUACCCACACUAUUAAUCUGGAUCAAAAGCAGCUGAGAUACUACGGCGGUAAUUAUGAAUUUUUCGCGCGAACACGGGCAGACGAAGUGAGAAGCCUACUCAAACCGCGCAAAUGGGAAGAUGAACAAAUCGAUCAUAUGAAGGCUUUGGAAAAGAUGAGUCUGGACAAAGCUACCCUGGUCAGCUGGUGCUAUCAAAACUUUUUUCCAAAACUUGUGCUCGGCUGUUUCGUAAAAGUUGAUGUGCAGAAGUAUGGCGUGGAUUUCGAAAGUGUUCGGCCCACUUAUCAGAUUGGCCGAAUUGUGGGAAUAAGCGAACUAAAAUCACCGUAUUGGAUAACUACUAGCUUGUCACCUGGAGGGCCACCAUCAGAUACUAGGACAAAUUGGAAUCUUGUGGUUAGAUUUGCUGAUGGAAAAAGUGACUUUUUAUUGGAUGACGUGUCAAGACAAAAGGGCACCGGGCAAGAAGUUGCCGCUUAUCUCGAUUCUUUGGAAAGAGACGGUUUUGUUAUCACUGACCAUCGAAAAAUGGAAAGCAAGAUGAAUGAGCUGGACGAGAUCGUCGGCCGCCCGACAACUGACGAAGAUUUUCAGGAAUUCUUAGCGAAUCAACGGAAAUGCCUUUCAUAUCCCUGGACAUUGUCCAUCCGUGAAUUGCACGAUUUGUUGCCUAUGCGGAAGCUAAAAGCUGUUCAAUCUAAGGACUUCAAGCGCGCGGUGCGUAUACAAGAGCAGUUAGAUGAUUUACUGGCAUACCGGCCCGAGCUGGAUGAAACCAAUGCGGCUAGCUGGAAUCCACCGGUGAUUGUUGACAAAAAAACCCGUCAAGAGCGUAUUCGGAAGCAAAUUGGACGUCGCCGUUCCAUGUCCGAUGCCAAGGAUUAUCCAUUUUGUUAGGAUACGGAAUUGGAAACUUGUUGGUCUAAAUUCUCUGGAAGUCUGGCGUGUAAAUUCGCUGCUUUUUAAAACAACAGCUCUGAAAUUUUUAGGAAUAGUUCUGCUGAAAUUGUGACAUUUCGACAUGAAGUUAUCUGCAAUUCAGUCUCAGCUUUCUGGCAUUACAGCCCGUUUGUGUACACUUGUUAGAAUUUACGCUAAUUAUUGCAAUGUUUUUUUAAGCAGUCUGGCUUCUCUGUGGAGUGUUUUGUUAAAACCACAAAAUUCUUUGGGAAAGAGCAAACUUGUAAAUACCUACUCCA